AUGGCCAAUCCACCAUUCUGGCUGCCUAAGAAUAUAUUUCCCUUUAAGGUGAAUAGAUGGAUGGGGCUUGCUUGUUUCCGGUCACUGGUGGUCCCCUCACCCAAUAUUCGCCAGAAGAAACUAAUUCACAAGCUUCAGGAGGAAAAGGCUUUUCGUGAAGAGAUGAAAAUCUUCCGUGAGAAAAUAGAAGACUUCAGGGAAGAGAUGUGGAAUUUCCGAGGCAAGAUCCGUGUUUUCCGGGGCCAGAUCUUGGGCUUUUGGGAAGAGGAAAGACCAUUCUGGGAAGAGGAGAAAACUUUCUGGAAAGAGGAAAAAGCUUUCUGGGAAAUGGAAAAAUCUUUCCGAGAAGAAGAGAAAACCUUUUGGAAAAAGUAUCGUAUCUUCUGGAAAGAGGAUAAGGCCUUCUGGAAAGAGGACAAUGCCUUAUGGGAAAGAGAUCAGAACCUUCUUCAGGAGGACAAGGCCCUGUGGGAGGAGGAAAAGGCACUGUGGAUAGAGGAGCGAGCUCUUCUUGAAGAGGAGAAGGCCCUGUGGGAGGAUAAGAAGUCCCUUUGGGAGGAAGAGAAUGCCCUCUGGGAGGAGGAAAAGGCAUUCUGGGUAGAAGGUGGUGGCUAUAUUGCUGAGGAACAGGUACUCGAAGAUGGGCACCAUGACGUCAAUGGAGGGCCACGAUCCCUGGCCUUCUGCCGAGGCAGGGCAUGA